AGAAUAAAAGGUUUGGAGCCGAUGUUCAUGGGGAUGUGUGGGAUGAGGUGAGAGAAGUGGGAAAAGUACUUGUAGUUAAAGCUAUUAACUCUUGGCAGGAGUUCUCGUACCUCCUGAAGAUUUUUCGAGAUGUGAAGGGCUCGUAUAAAAGGCAAAGUGCAGUAUUUCCCACUUUCAUUCUUAUAUUAGCUCUGGCUAGUUGUUUUAUUGUGAGAGAUGAACAACAGAAUGCUUAGAAUUUUUAUAUAUUCGAUUAUUGGAACUGAGAUGAUUUCGGGCACUCUUAUCAGUCAAAAAAUUGAUGACACCUGUGAAACCCUCACGUCAGAUAUCCAUAUAACAAAAGAAGAAUUUGAUGAAGGUGGAAUUUUACUCAGAACUUGUUCCGACGAUUUAUCUGUUACAAAAUGCGAAGGCUUUUGCAACUCUCAAGUACAACCUAGCAUUAUGACAGCAACAGGAUUUUUGAAGGAUUGUUAUUGCUGCCGAGAGAGUUAUCUCAAAGAGAGAAAUGUCAUAUUACACGACUGCUACAGUCCAGAUGGAAUAAAGUUAGUAGAACCAACGACUGCAACGAUGGAGAUAAAACUACGAGAACCCGCCGACUGCAAAUGUUUCAAAUGUGGUGUUGAUGAAUGCAAGAUGACUAAGAUGUUACACGUACUCAAGGCUGACGGAUGUCUUCCGAAACGAAUCCCCAGUUUCAUCUGCCAUGGACGUUGCAGCAGCUACAUACAGGUUUCUGGCUCGAGAAUGUGGCAAAUGGAGAGAAGCUGCAUGUGCUGUCAGGAGAGCGGCGAACGUGAGGCAACGGUUUCUCUUUUCUGUCCCAAAGAAAAACGCAAGUUUCGAAAAAUAACAACGAAGGCACCACUGGAAUGCAUGUGUCGUCCAUGCACUGGUAUCGAAGAAUAUUCAGUAAUACCUCAAGAAAUCGCAGGUUUUGCUGAAGAAGGACCCCUGACCAGUUCAGCACAUUUUAGAAGAUCUUCUGUGCUUUAAUAAAAAAAUACAACGUAUAGUUAUUGAAUAAUCGACCAACACCAAUACUCAGUACGAAAAAUUCCGGAUUCGAGCAAAUGAUAAAUGAAAGAAAUUGUCAUUUUCAUAAAUUAUUUCGCGUAACUUAGCACCUUCUUUAUUUUUUUUUUUCAUACAUAACAUAAGAUGAAAUGAGAAUUACCUGUUAAUGAAUCAUAAACUUCAGGAAAUAAGAAACGUUAAUAUUUUGAGCAUGAAAAUAGAAGAGUUGAAAAAAUAUAAUUUCCAUUUGACUAUCCACUGAACAAGGUUUCCAAAUGAAUGAAGAAAAUAUAUCCCUUUUAUCCUCUGGCAUGGAGUUAUUUUUUUUUAUUCUUUAUUAUAGAUAUGAUUUAAUAUAGAAGGUGUAUGUGUUUGCAUGUUUAUAGUGUAUUAUUUCUGAAUUCUUAGCGUUCAAUUUUUCAUUUAUUUAUAUUCAUACCCAUAUACAUAUACAUAUAGGCAAUUACAAAUAUGUAUAUAUAUAAAUAUAUAUAUAUAUGUGUAAUUCAUUUAUUGACCGAUGAAUAAAAAAGUAGUGUGAAAAUAUGCAACGGAUCUUUUCACGAUUCCUCUUGGCCCCUCAAGAGUUAAUUGCACAUUUAACACUACCCAUUUGUUCAUCAAAUGACAUCAUCAUCACCUUAACUUUUUCUUUACUAUGUAGCUAUGUUUAUUUACAAUAUUAUAACAUCCUCUUGUUUUUUUUUUGUCAGAGUUAGGUAUCAUCCCUCACACCCUCGAACUUCCAUCCCAUUCAAUUUUUCGCUCCUGCAUUUUUUUUUCAUUUUAAUAAUUAUUAUUCUAUACCUUUAUUCAACAACUUCAGUACUCUCGUAUAAAUUAUACUAGAAUUGUAUAAUAUAUUUAUUUAUAAUUUUAUUAUUAAUUAUUUAUUUAUUCAUUAUCUAAUUCGUGCACCACUUUGAGGGGGUCUUGACAAAAUAAUCGACAAAAUAACGGAGUGGGUGUUUGUAUGGAACGUCUUUGAGAAUCAGAUCAUGGGAUGAAAAUGAUAGAUUCAUUUGAGUACAACAAAAGAUGGUUUUGAGGAAAAAAAGAGCAUGUAGAUCACCCCAUGGAUUGAAAUGCUUACAUUUGCUCGAGUAAUAUGUCGUAUUUUCAGGGGUAGGAGGCAAAAUUAUAUUAAAUUCACAUCAUCGUUCGCUCAUUAUUUUUUUUAAUUAUUUUCCUCUUAUGUUCGUAGUUUAACGGAGUGUAAAAAAUGAACGUACAAUGUUCAGCUGUCCGUGUCUAUGCGCGGUCAUUUUCUGUUGAUUCACCUAUCUUUUACACUCUAAUAAAAAAUUACAGAGACAAAAAAGACUCGAGACACGGAUCCUGCGAACACUUACAGCGAUGAUUUAUUUUAUUUUAUAUUUCAAAAUCAUUUUGUCGCACUUUUGAAGAUUUUCAUACAUUAUCGUUCGUCCAUUGAGUGAGUAACUACAGUAUGGCGAUUCCAUCCAGUGAAUCUAUAAAUUUACUUGCAAAAGUUGGUGAUGCGACUCAAUUCAUUUAUGUACAUGCAAAAUAAAAAAUGAUCAUUUAUGUACCUAGGCGUCUUAUUUAUCUGUAACCGUUGUUUGAUCAUUCAUUUUUCGGAAUUCAUACCUCAAUGAAUAACUUCUCAUCAAUACGCCAAAAGGGAAUCUAUAAGAGAAAUGGGGCGAAAGAAUCAAAUGAUUUUCAGUAAUAACGAGAAAAUGUUUCAUGUUGGGGAAUAUCGAGUUGAGACAACUGAUUCCGCCAAAAAAUUUUCUCGCCUUUCCACUUGAUUGAAAAUCUUCAUGUCAUCGCCCCGACCAGCCGGGCGUCGAUCAAUAUGACGAUAACUUCUCAUUGGAUAUCCACCCACGAUCACGACACGAUUAUUCUGUGUCUAUUUUUCUCUAUCUACUCCUCCCAAUUUGUUGGCUAAAGUAAUUCCAUCGAAAAAUCAUAAUAGAUUGUAUUCCCUUUCCUCACCAAUAAUAUACUAUCUACAAUAAUUAUACGUGCAGGCGAGUACUCGCCGUGCCGUCCAUGUAUUCAUCUCAGUUAUCCUUCAUUUGCAUUGACAAAUUAAUCAUGUGGUUUUUCCGGACCUCCAUGCAAUGUCAGUCGGUCUAAAAAAAACUCAUCCGAGUCUCGACGUACACAAUAUAUAUCAUAUAUAUUCCUCAUUCAAACGGUAGUCACAAGUUCACGUUCAUAAAAAAAACUCACAUGAGCAAACGUCCAAACAUUCGUUUCCAUUCCGUUCAUACAGUUCACUUUCCUAAUUAAUCCUAUUGUUUUUUUUUUCUUUAUAAAUAAUUAGGGCUGUUUUGAAAAAUAGUAACGUUUCGUUAAAGCACAUUAUUUUCAGUGUUCCGUAAUGAUGCUGUGGAUCACCUCUUAAUCAAGUUAUUAGAACAAUUGUUGUUUUUUUACUCUCAAUUUUUUUUGCUGGCUCAGUCAAAGUUUGCUCACUUAAGAAAGUAAUGUUGGACUGACUGAUUUCACUUUUUGGAGAAGAACCGUCACAAUAUCGUCUAUUUUUUUUUUAUCAAUGUACUCAUUAUAAAUCGUUCUUUAUUUUUAUUAUUGUUGCUAUUGUUAUCAAUGAUUGACCGUGCAAAAAAGCGUAGAGCUUUUAUCAAUGCGUCGUUACGUCUUCAUUUUACAUGAGCACAAA